AUGGCAAAGUUCCCGGGAAUGGCCCCGGUGCCUUCCCCCGCAGUGCAAAGCAAUAUUCCGUCAAAUGACUGGGAGGCUUUUCUUGAUGCAUGGAUUACCCUGAUUGGAAUCCGAUUGAACACCCCAGACGACAAAUUUCAAGAGGCAGCCGACGACGACCCUUCCGGGGUAUCCUUCCUGAAAAGUUUCUAUGAACAGGCUGCAGCAGGGUCCCCAGGUCUACAACAUGGUCCCAAAGGCCGAAUUUUAAGGAAACUAUGUUUCCUGGCUACAAGACGAUAUAUCCUUGGUCUGUCAAAUCCAUCAGAGAUCCUUAUCAGCUGGCAAUUCCUCGGCAAUCUAUGUUGCUGCUAUCCGUCAAGCAGUGUAUUGAAGACAACUCUUUCAACUGCAUGGGAUCGGCAUGAAGAUAAGAUAUCAUCCAGUAUGGAACAGGCAAAGGCCCUGGUUAUCAGGAAGCUGUCAUCAGGUGUACCCUCUCACGGAUCUAUCAUUUUUGUGGAGCUUCGAUGCUUGACUAUCCUGGCCUCGGUCCUGCCACCAUGUGGCCAGAUACUUAUGGCGGGAUCCGAUUAUCUCGACAUAAUGACGGAGACGUACCAGAAACAAUCAUCACGGAACGAUAUCCACAAGAUACUCACAGCCAAUGUCUAUGUCGGCCUGAUAUCUUUACUCAAAGAGCCAUCACCCAACCUAUCCUUACUUCUGGACCAAUUUUUCAGUCUCAAAGCCAGCGCCGGCGUGGGAACACCGAAAGUGAAAAAGGAGGCCACACUUCUCUCAGACCUCGUUUGUAGCUCAGAUCUACUCCAACGACUAGAGAACUUUCUCACAGUCCAUCCCCAGAAACGGGGUCAAGACUUACUUACCAGUCUACGCGCUUAUCAAAUAGAGACAAAGUUUCUCCACAUCCGAUAUCAAAAACGCAGAAAGACCGAAAAGGGCAAAGAACGUUCUUCAGGCCUCCAAAUCCCAGAAGAGAUCCACGCACACAAGAUGUCCCUAGUCUCACAAGUGCAAGAUCUAUUCCCAGACCUAGGCUCUGCCUUCGUCGUCCGACUCCUAGACGUCUACAACGACAAUCCAGAAACAGUCGUCGCCCACCUCCUCGACGACUCACUCCCAUCCGAACUCCAACUCCUCGAUAGAACCGAACAGCUUCCCCAACCACAAACCUCAGAGCAAAAUCAACACGAAAACCUCGCACCUCACCCAACCCCACCCCUGGACCCAAUCCCAGCCCGCAAAAACAUCUUCGACUCAGACAUCGACAUAGCAUCCCUAGAUCUAUCCGACAAAUCCUCCAAGGGCAAACUCCACUUCGGUCGCGCAGACCAAGAUCAAACAGCCGACACCGUCCUCUCAGACAGAACCCAACACACAGCCAACAAAGCCGCAAUCCUCUCCGCACUAGCAGCCUUCGACUCAGACGACGACGAGCGAGACGACACUUACGACGUCGGAGAUGUAGGCGGUACCAUUGACGCAGCAGCAACAAGCACCUCCGACGCUGACGCCGUCACAAAGCGUCUAGCAGAUGACCAGCUAGACAUGAUCCUCUACCGCGCCUACAAGUCCAAUCCAGCUCUAUUCAGCCGUGACGCUGCAACCCGUCGUUCUCAGCCGCGUGCCUCGCUAAAACGCGAGACGAAUAUGACUGAUGAAGCUGUUGAAGGGUGGGCGGUGAUGUUGGCGCGGGAUCCGAAGCGGAUGGCUAAAUUUGCGGAUCGGGUUGCUGUUGAUGCGGGUGGUUCUGAUGGUGGGGCCUUGAAUCAGCCUGAGCUUCAGUCGACUUCGUAUCGGAGACCACAGGCUGGUAGUGAUGAUGAUUCUACGGAGGCGGAGGGGUCGGCGGGUCGGGGAGGGAGAGGUGGUGGACGGGGUGGACGGGGAUUUGGAAGGGGACGUGGUAGGGGUAGAGGUAGUGGCGGUGGAGCACCUGGAGGCACAGGAGAUUCAAGUUCACCUGCGGCGCAUCAGAGGAAAGAGCAGAAUAAGGCUAGUCGGGCGAAUCAUAAUCGGCGACAACAGAGGGCGAAGAAGAUUGCCCGUGGGGGUGGGUUACCUGGUUGA